AUAUGUUCUGUACAGAUGACAUGUGGAUGUUAAUGCAUGAGAAAAAAAUAUAGGCUACAGCAAAUGUAUUAGCCUACACAGAUGUAAAAUGAACAGUUUCGUCUUUUUAACACAGUAUAUUGGAUUGUUGUCAUGUGCUGUCUCGUGUCCUCCAGCAACUUUCGCUUUUGUUAGCUUCGACUGAAAACCAGUGGAUCAGGUUGAACCGCGCAGAACAGAGGUCGACAGCUCACACUUUACGAAGCUCUCGCUUUUAGUUUUCUUUCAGCUGGUGUUUGGAGAUUUUCCCACAGUCAUGUCAGAGGGACAGUCGGAUGAUGGAAUGGAAUGCGAGGAAUAUCCCAUCAAAUUGUCAAGCAGUGACAGUGCUGAUCAAGUUAUGGAGGAUAUAAGUCAGGGUUCUAAUGCUCAGCAGGCCCUAACUGAUCAGAUGGUGCAAAGCGGUCAGUUUUCUAUUGGUCAGGGUACCGGUGAACGUGUAAUCACUCAACAACCUCUCAGAACCAUUGGACAUGAUAAUAAGGACUUCAGUGCAGCAGGUGCUGAAAGUCAAGACUCUAGACAUUCUCCGGAUCACAUGAAGCAUCAAAACAUCACAUCGGGUCAAACAAAGCAAUCAGACUCCGAGCCAGAGAAGAUCUCACCUGCUCAGAUAAUACAAUCUAAUGAUCAGGACUUCAGUGCAGCAGGUGCUGAAAGUCUAGACUCUAGACAUCCUCCGGAUCACAUGAAGCAUCAAAACAUCACAUCGGGUCAAACAAAGCAAUCAGACUCAGAGAAGAAUUUACCAUCAAGCCGUGUUGAAGGUCAAGACUCUAGAUCAUCUCUGGAUGAACAGAAGCAUCAGGAUAUCACAACAAACAAACCAGACUCUCAGCCAGAGGAGGACAUUUGUAAAAAUGGUGAUAUAAACACAACCCAAUCACAACCCUCAGCACCACUGGAUAUUGCCAACUUGAAAAUCAAAGUGGACUGGACAGAACCAUUUCCAGAUAAAUGGAGUAAAAAAUUACAGAUUGCCAUUCAGAGAUGGUUGUUCAAACUAGAAGGAGCACCAUCAGUCCACAGCGUAAAACUCAUGGAUGAUCAAUCAUGGGCACAGGUGCAGAUUACACCAUCAACGGCUCUAGAAACUUUAGAAAAUCAUGGGACUGUAUCUUUGAAUUUUAAACAUGAAAAUAAGGAUGUGACUGCGCAGAUUUUUCUGGAUGGAGCACAUUCUGUGACUGUAUCACAGAACACCUCCACGUCAGACAAGAACAGAAUUCCAUCAUCAAAGGUGAACAAGACUAAACCUGUGACUUCUGCUGCAUCAGAUGACAAAAAUAAUGAUGCAGAUGUUCCAAGUAAGACUAAGACCAUUAAAACUGAUGAAAAAAACCCAGAGACCUCAGCUGGAUUUACUGUCCCCCUCCAUCAGUUCUGGUACAUGCUUCAUGCUUACAGAAAGGAGGUAGAGAAAAUUGAGAAACAACAUGGAGUCAUUAUGCAUGCAGAAGUGUCAGUCUCAUUCAUAUCCACCCAGAACUCAAGCCCUGAUUCUGUCUCCAAAGCCUCUGAGGACUUUCUGAAUCUUGUCACUGAUUGUGUGGUUAAUUUUAGUGAUGCUGCCAUUAAUCAUAAUGACAUGAAUUCAGAUAUUGUGAAGGAGGCAAUUCAUACCAUCCAGUCAGAGGAGACAAAGUUGAUGUUGACCAUGUCUGCCAGCGACUGCCGGUUCUUUGGACCGAAUAAAAUUACAGACAUGAUUAAAAGAGAGACAACAAGAGUGGAACAACAAUUCAAAGACAAAUCAAAUGAAAUGGAUGUAGAUUCAAAUGAAAUGGAUGUAGAUAACAAUGUUUCUCCACAAAGCAGGUUUUCACUGGAAAUGGACACUAAGGACCUUCCAACUCAACUUGAGAUGGACAAGGUUCAUUGGGAUCUGAUGAAUCUUUCCUAUAAAGAACAAUUGUCCCAGCUUGAAACAAAGUAUGGAGUGUCAUUUCAUGAAGACAAAAUGCAGAAAAAUGUAAUUAAGGUUCAAGCUCGAUCUAAAGGAGUUCAGCAUAUUAAUCUGGAUAGUCAUGCCCUCAGAGCUUUAACACAACUCUACCAGAAACUUGCCUCAGCCACUGUCAGCUGUAAACUCACAAACCCUGCAGAUAAAAUUGACGUGGCAGCACUAUUAGAGAAACUUCAGCAGCAGCAUCGUGUUGUUGCAGCAGCAGAUAGACUCAGUCUCUGGAGGCUUGUUGGACUGCCAGAACAUCUCGGUCCUGCCAUUGCUGAUAUUGAGAAGACACUUCAGAGGAAUGUGUUUGAUGACCAAAUGAAGAAAUUGAUUGGUUACUCAGGUGACAUUCCUCACACAAAAGGAAUCAACUGGAAUCAGACGCCUGAUUAUGGACCAGGAGCAGUGGGUGGAGCAGUACAGGAUGAGGGAGUGAAGUUUAGAGGGCAAGGCAAAGCAGAUGCUGGUUUCAAUGAAGAUUCAAAAGACAAUUCUAGACAUGAGAGUAAAGGUGCUCAUGCUGAAGAGGAGACAUGUACUAUUUGUAUGGACAGCUUCACCAACAAGACAAAACUGAAAUGUGGGCAUGAAUUCUGUCAGGAAUGUAUAAGGAUGUCAGUGGAGAGUCUGGGAUCCAUCUGUCCUGUGUGCAAGGAAGUGUUUGGGAAAUUGGAGGGGAACCAACCGGAUGGAAGAAUGAAAGUAACAAAGAACAGGUUCCGUCUCCCUGGAUAUCCACAGUGUGGCACUAUUGAAAUAUAUUACGACAUACCCAGGGGUAUUCAAACGAAGAGGCAUCCAAACCCGGGAAACUAUUUUCAUGGCACAUCACGUCAUGCGUACUUGCCUGACAACCGUGAAGGAAAUGAAGUGCUCGUACUGCUGCAGAGGGCUUUUGAUCAGAAACUGAUCUUUACUGUUGGGACCUCUACAACCUCCGGUUUAGAGAACGCUGUCACCUGGAAUGAUAUUCAUCAUAAGAUCAAUACACACGGCGGGCCUCUAAAGUAUGAGUUCAUUUAAAGUCUGUGUUCAAUUGUCCAUCAUGUCCUGCAAAAUCAGUAAUCAAACAUUACGUGUUUAUUUGGCUUUCAUGUAAAUAAAAUCAUGUAUCUGAACACAGUGGUGUAGCGAGUCA